AUGCCUCCUCAGCACACAAUUAUACUCAAGAAUGGUCUGAAACUGUUCACAACAUUCUCCAACUAUGAACAAAGACUUGUAUAUCCUUCUUCGGUAGUCAUAAGACCAUGGAAGAGAGUCAUCUUCUUGUUACAUGGAUUCCCUGAUAACCAUGAGACAUUUAACGAAGUUUGGGAUCUGAUCCUCAACUCGUAUCAGAACGAACCUGUGCUCUUAUUGGCACCAGCAUUGAGGGGAUACGAACCUUCAAGCUUUGCUGAUUCAGAUAAGGAAUACCACACUAUCGAUAUAGCUGGCGAUGUGAAGAGUUGGAUUAGUUCCAUUGUACCUGAAGAUGAACAUGAAAACAUACCUGUCCAUUUGGUUGGACAUGAUUGGGGUGCAUGUGUUAGUUUCCAAACUGCAAACUUAUACCCUGAGUUGAUCACUCUGAUGGUGACUAUGGCUAUCCCUUAUUGUGUUAAUUUGGGAGUAUGGGAGUAUCUUUUAUACGCUCCCAUGCAAGUUUACUGUUCCAGUUACUUCUUCACUAUGCAAUUUGCAUCUAUGUAUCGACCCCGGUUUGCAAUGACGGAAACUGGUAAGAAUAGUUAUUUGGAUAAGUUGUAUCGGUACUGGUCCCCUAAAUGGGACUAUACCGAGGCAGAUAUUGGGUCUGUUAGAAACACUUUGAAUACCAAGGGGGUUAUUGAUGCCGUCACUGCAUACUAUAGGUGUUUUAUCUCGUUAAGAACUUUGAGUAACAGAUGGUAUGUGGACUUUAAUAAGGUUCCAACUCUUAUUUUAGGAGGUGCUGAUGAUGGAUGUAUGCACAAACUGUUAUGGGAAUAUGAAGCAAAGAAGUUGGCUGGUGUUUCCAACGUAAAGGUUACAUUAUUGAAGGGGUUGGGUCAUUUCUUACAUAGGGAAGAUCCUAAAAAGGUUGCUGAUCACAUUACUGAUUGGCUCCAGAUUCAUGCUUAA